AAUUUCAAGGUAAGUCGUCAAAUUGUGACUACAGGUCGUUAUGAGAGCAUGGUAUAAAAGAUUAUAUGUCAUAAAAGAUGUCCCUAAUACAUCAAAAGUUAGCUGAGCGUUUGUUUAUCUUAAAUGAUCGUCAGCUUGGUGUGCUGACUCGUAUCCACUAUAUGAAACAAAUGCUUAGUACACCUGAAUACCGCCCAACUGUACUCCCUGGUGGUGACAAAGCAUUCGAUGGGGCUUGGAAAGUUUUGUUAAAGAAAUUCCCUUCAGUUGAUGUCAGAUCAAAUCCAUCCAGUAUGCAGCCAUUUUUUAAUCAUCAAAAGGAGUUGUUUGCAAUGUUAUCAACUUACUAUUUUAACUUUGUUGAUGUUCUUGAUGUAAGAGAUCAUUUCAUUGAUCUCAUAGGAUGUUUGGCAUCUUCAAAAAUAACUCCUGACAUCACUGUUAACUUUGACGUUACGCGGAUUUAUUUGGAACUCGUUAGUAAUUAUUUCGCAAUGAUGUUUCUCAUAACACGUAUCUCAGACACUAAAGCUAUUUUGAUUCUUUUCAAUUUUUUGUACGAUCAACUACAUGGAAAACAAGAACCUAAUUAUCCACGUAUGGCAGAAAUAUUUACUGAGACCUCUGAAGGUAUGCUUAAUCGUUUACACAAGGAGAUAAAUCCUUAUUCUCGUACAUUAUCAAGAGCUCUUCGUUCUUUAAAUGAUUUUUACAAUCGACGAACAGUAAGAGCUCAAAAUUGGAGUGAUGGACAUUUUUUAGAUAUUUUACAUGAGCCAAGCAAAGUAACCCACACUGUCCUAGGAGAACAAUUAGGUUGUGAAUUAAUACCUUAUGAGGUGAUGGAAAGAUGGGUAGUUUUUGGUUAUUUAUUGAUAUACCCUGAAUUGACUGAUGAAGACUCAUUCAAUCGACUGAAAGUAGCCCUACGUCAUUCAUAUGUUGUUGUGCUCUUCAGAGAAGAAGUAAUUUAUAUCCAUUCUCUUCUACAAUCAUUUCUCGAGUCUUCGUGGGUUAAUAAGGUAGGUGCUAAACGUAUAAAUGAAAUUAAAGAGACAUUUUCAAUUGCAUGCUCACAAACUCCUAAAAUGCAUGCUGACAGGCGAGCUUAUUUACGCUUAUCUUUGCGUCAACUUCAUCUUAUUUUGUCUGAUGAACCUGGAUUGUUGGGUCCCAAGGCAUUUUUGGUAUUCUGGGGCUUAUCAUAUGCCUCAGAUGAAGUUCACUGGCUUUUAAGACAUUCUGCCAACCCUAUAGUAAAGAAAAGUGCUACUGUGGCUUCACGUACAGGUCCAUUUUCAAGUGACGAACUUAGUGAUCCAUUCUUACCGGAAUUGCUUUUUAGAAUGGAUGAGCUUCGUUCCCUAGUUAUGCGUUACAGUCCUGUUAUACAACGUUUCUAUCUCCAGUUAUUGGGUUGUUAUGAUGGACCUGGUUUAAGUGAAUAUGUGCAAGAUAUUUUGCCACAUGUAAAUAAUGAAGAAUCUGUUAUCUUCAAUUCUAUCGCAAAACAAUUAUGUGAGCUUGCUGAUAAUCCUGUUGUACGUGAAACAAAUCUAAGUCCUAUGCAAUCAACAUUGUUUGACUUUUCUGGGAUUCGACUCGAUUGGUUGCGUUUACAAGCCUGUUUGUCAUGUGAAGCUUCUGCUGCUAGUUUGAGUGAUUACCGGCGACUUGUUGAGCAUAUAAAUUCUACAAUACUGCAUACUAAGUUGGUUGAUUAUUUGGAUGAACUGCUUCGAUUAGUUUCGGACAUGUCCAUUUUUAUAUUUUAUCCUUCUAAAUUCACUGAACUAUUUUCCAACUGUCGUAUAUGCCCUGCACAGUUAAGAUUUACGAUUGUGUUCCCAAGCAUUUGUUCUCAGGCUAUACAAGCAUGUCAUGAUCUGUGCCCAGAAGAACGUUCACAUAUUGGUCGUAACGCAGCUAAUUUAUGUCGUCACUUUUGUCAAGAAAUCGCGGAUAAUAUAUGUCUUUAUUUAUUCAAUCGUAUUGAUGAAUUUGGAAAUAUGGCUGAUCAGUUAGCACCACAAAAUUCUGUACCAUGGCUUACGGAUGAGAAACCAGCAAAAAAAGGCAAGAAACCAAUCAUUAAUACUCGACAGAAUGUAAAUGGAAUUAUGAACACAGGCGGAAUAGAUUCAAGAAAAGGUAAACGGUUAAAUGGACCUAUCAACAUUUCUACUAACAACAAAUUUACUCUAUCAAACAAUAUGUCUUUUGAUUCACGUUUUAUUCCGGGUGUGGAAAGCUUUAGAACUAAUCGAGAAGAGCAAACUAUAAAUGAUAAAACGUUAUUUGGAUUAAGUCAACUAUGUUAUUCUGUUAACCAUCAUCGGGAAUUAUUGGUUUUUGAUCAAGUUAUCAAUCCACGUGAAAUACUUCAAAAUGAAAUACAAUUCAGAAUUAUUGAUUUGCUUGCUAGUUAUUCGAGUUUUGCCUCUCAUGACAAUACAUCUGAAUCACUUGCUUCUAAACCAUCAGAAUUACUUCGACGUGUGCGAGCUUUAAUGAAUGCUCUUAUAGAUUUGGAAAAUCAUGUUUGUAUUGAUGUGAUUGGAUUAUUUUCUACUGUAUUCACUCAACAUACUCAACCAGUGGAUGCAUUCCGUGGACAAUUAACAAUGACAGCGCAUUAUGCUGAAUGGUAUUUAGAAAAUGUUAUUAAACAUGCUUAUCUAGAUCAUUUUGUUUAUUCACCUUUAUUGAAGAGUUUUGUUACUUUAGUUUCACCUGAUGUUGUAAAAUUUCGAGCAGAAGAUUAUGCUGAUUUAAAUGAACUACUAGCUUUGACAGAACUUAUCGGACCAUUAGGGAUAAAGUUUAUUUGCGAUCGAUUAAUGCAUUCUGUUGGUGAUCGUGUUGAUGAAAUCAACAAACUAGUUCGUCAAAACCGUGGUACUCUUGAAUGUUUACGAGAGUGUAUAAAUGAUCCAGUGAGAACUCGUCAACUUAAUGGGAAUUUACAAAAUUGUGAUCAACUUUUAAUUCUGUUAAAGGAGAUUGGUGUAGCACUUGCUUUCCGUAAAUUAUGCUUUGAAGCUGUUCAUUCUAUACUACAGAAACGUACUCCAUUUCUUCUGGACACUGUUCACAACCUUCGUGAUUACAUAACACAAAAGUCAAAUAAUAAUGCUCAAUUAACUGGAUCAUCUAUAGAAAAUAAUGGAAAAUAUGAAAUGGAACGUAUAUAUGCACAUUUCAAUGAACAAUUAAUGUUAAAUAAUCUAUGCGCUUCUGUUGGUAUAUCCUCUGAUUUAGAUUAUAAUUUAUGCUCAAUUUUAAAUAAUCGACGUAUAGCUAUAUUGGCUACUGCAAAUCAAGCUGGAUUAAAUUUAUCUAUGAAUGGUACUGGAAAUGCAUCAUAUCAAGAAUUAGAAUAUCAUAUUGCUUGUUUAUUUGUUGUAUUUGUUGCUAAUGCUUUUCCACGAUUAGCACGUCAAGAUUCUAGUUUAUAUCGUUUAGAUUUAGAAGCGAAUGAAAAUAAUUGUCAUUGUAUUGCAUAUGCAGUAAAUACUUUAAUGGUUUCCAUGUUUUCUCUACUUCGACCAGGUGAUUUAGAGGCUCGCUCUAAAGAAUUUCUUGCUCUUGCUUCAUCAAAUCUUUUAAGACUUGGACUAGAAACAUCAUCAUCUCUUAUAUCUUCAGAAAUUUAUGGUAAUAACAAUAUUCAAACAUCCUCCUCUAAUCAUUCUCUAUCGGCUAAACAUAGAGAUUCAAUUUAUAUUGUAUUUGAUAAUCUUAUUAAACAAUCACCUUGUUUAUCUGCUAAUUUACAAGAAUCUUGUUUUCCAUAUUCAUUAAUACGUAGUGCUUAUCAUAGUAUUGCAAAAUUAACAACAAAUAAUAAUGAAACUUCCAAUACUACACGUUCAAAUAUCAUGUCAUCAUCAUCACCAUAUGUGGAUGGAAAAUGUCGUGACUAAAAUAGUAACACUAGUCCAGUUCAUUGAUGAAAGUUUCCAAGAACAUAAUAAUUCUGUUGCUUGUUUGUUUACUUAUUUCUUUUUUUUUAACAAAUUUAAUAAUUCAUGAUCUCCUUAUGUUUAUGGUAACAGGAAAGGUGUAGUACUGGUGGUGGUAGUAGUCGUAGUAGUAGUACAUCAUGUAUGCUUUGCUUGUUUUAUUUUAUUUGCAUUUUUGUAUUUCUUUUGUUUUGUUUUUGUUCUUUCUUCUUCUUUUUUUUGAUUGUUAAAAUGAAUCCAUGAUUUUGCUUUAAAUUGUUUAUAUAAGAUAAAAUGACAAAUUUGGUUAUUUCUAAAAUGAUAUUUGUUAAAUUAUAGUCAAUAUAUGUAUGUAUAGCUCUCGUAUUAUUAUUAUUAUAUUCUUCAUUAUUAUAGUCUAUAGUUAAAAUAAUGAAAAAUGUGAAGUUCAAACAUCUAAGAAUACAAUGUUUUCUUCCA